AUCUUUUUAAAUGAAACGUCUCCAUUCAACUGUAUAAGGCGGUGAGAAGUUAUAUACAGAGAGAAUUUAGGAAUCCCAAUAUGGAAUGAUGAACAUUUUCAAUAGGAAACUAUCACUUUUUAUAGUUUUAGGAUUCCUUUACCUAAACCUUAUUGAUUUCCAAUUCUCUCUCUAUAUAUACACAUUUACACCAAAAGAAUUUCAAAUCAGAAGAAAUUAACGAGAAUGGGUACAGGGAAGAAGAAGAUAGAGAUCCAGAAGAUCACAAAGGAAACUUCUAGAAUGGUUACAUUCUCGAAAAGACGGAAAGGGCUUUUCAAAAAAGCCAAAGAACUUGAAUCCAUGACGGGUUGUCGUAUUGCCUCCGUUGUUUUCUCGCCCACCGGAAAGCCUUAUACUUGUGGCGAUGUUGAAUAUGCCAUACAGAGGCAUUUUUCUGGUAAUAAUAAUAAUAAUAAUAAUAAUAGUAGAUCUACGGAACCAUCAACGUCAGGGCUGAAUUCCCGUCACUCUAACUCUGAUGGUGUUGCUGUUGCUUCUGGGGAUUCCUCGGGGUCGAGGUCAUCGUCGUCAUCGACUCCGAGGAGGAAUGGUCUCCAUGAUUGGGUGGAGGGUAUAGACGUCGAAAGAUGUGGAAAUUUGAAUCGAUUAUUAAUGUGGAAGAAGCAAUUGGAAGGAACAAGAAAAAAGAUUGCUUCCAUUGAAGAUUCGGAGUCGUUUCAAGCUUUGUUUGGGUAGACAUAUAAAAUAGGUGGCCUAAAAUCAAAAUAGUCUGAAAUUAGCGCUGCUGCUUUUCCCCUUCUAAUUUAUGUUAUUGCAGAUUUACCAUAUGAAUUUCAGAAAUGAAUCAUUCGGUUUUUAUA